AUGUCUAAAAGAUCAGCAUCUGAUGAAUUGGCACAGUCAGUGAAUUCUGCUGUGAAAACCACCAAAGAUUCAUUACCUCCGACAAAUGCUGUAGAAGAAGGAGAUGUGGACAUGGGUGAAUUUGAAGACCCAUACGGGGACGAAUUCGAAAGUGACGGAGAAAUCAUUGAAGUGGACUCUGCAAAUGAAGACGAUGAUAUGGAUGAAGAAGGCAAAAGUAAGAAGAUCGAAGAAUUAGAAAGAGACGAAGAAAAAGAACCAGAAUCGACUAUUUACUUACCACAUAAGUCUAAGCCAUUAGGUCCUGAUGAAGUGUUAGAAGCGGACCCAAGUGUGUAUGAAAUGUUGCACAACGUCAACUUGCCAUGGCCAUGUUUGACGGUUGACGUUUUACCGGAUAAUCUUGGUAAUGAGAGAAGGACAUACCCAGCUUCGUUGUAUGUUACCACGGCUACGCAGGCAUCUCGUGCUAAGGACAACGAGCUCAUCACCAUGAAAUUAUCAUCAUUAUCCAAGACGUUAGUCAAAGAUGAAGAUGACGAUGACCAAGACGAAGACGAUGAUGACAAUGAGGAUGUGGACCCUAUUAUGGACAGUGAAACCAUUCCUUUGAAGCAUACAACUAAUAGAAUCAGGGUUUCACCUCAUGCAUCCGAAACCGGUGAGUAUUUGACUGCUACAAUGUCUGAAAGCGGUGAAGUUUUAAUUUAUGACUUGUCUUCUCAAUUUAAAGCAUUCGAUACCCCAGGUUACAUGAUUCCUAAAUCGAGCAAAAGACCUAUCCAUACCAUAAGAAACCACGGUAAUGUCGAAGGUUACGGAUUGGACUGGUCACCAUUAAUUAAUACUGGUUCUUUAUUAAGUGGUGAUUGUUCUGGUAGAAUAUACGCUACUUCAAGAACAUCAUCGAACUGGGUUACUGAUAAAACUCCAUUUUUCGCAUCCGAUUCUUCAAUUGAAGAUAUCCAGUGGUCUACCGGAGAAAACACCGUUUUCGCUACCGCCGGAUGUGAUGGAUAUGUCCGUGUCUGGGAUACAAGAUCUAAGAAGCAUAAGCCAGCAAUUUCAGUGGCAGCAUCGAAAACUGAUGUUAAUGUCAUUUCUUGGAGUGAGAAAAUUAACUAUUUAUUGGCAUCGGGUCAUGACGACGGUUCAUGGGGUGUGUGGGAUUUGCGUAACUUCAAUGCUCAGACCACUCCUUCUCCUGUUGCUCACUACGACUUCCAUAAGUCUGCUAUCACUUCGAUUUCCUUCAACCCAUUAGAUGAGUCUAUCAUUGCUGUUUCCUCCGAGGAUAAUACUGUUACUUUGUGGGAUUUGGCUGUCGAAGCUGAUGAUGAAGAAAUCACAGAACAGAGAAAAGAAUUACAAGAAUUGCACGAUAUUCCACCUCAAUUAUUAUUUGUUCAUUGGCAAAGAGAUGUUAAAGAUGUCAGAUGGCAUAAACAAAUCCCAGGAUGUUUAGUUUCUACUGGUGGUGAUGGGUUAAAUAUCUGGAAGACUAUUUCUGUUUAA